CCGGGGGUACCUAAUAACUUUGACAAAGAAUCAAAUCACAGUGAGUUACCGCCGCCGCGGUGUUCCCUCGAGAAUGCACCUUUGUACCCGCAUCGAACAAACCAGGCUUUUCCCCGCAUUCUCCUCGACCUAUCUCGGCUCCAAUCUUGUUUAUUUCCUCGAACCAUUGCAAUCGUGGCCGGUCAGACAGCCAGAUUAAACGUCAUAUGCUCUCUUUUUGCUCCGAGCAUUCCUGCAAGGGUUCAUAAACAUGGCCAGUCGGGAACCAUCACCAAGCUGCGUGUGUGACAGGGCUAGCUGUGCGUCGAUCUUCGGUCCAGACGGCAUGACCUAGAACAAACAAAGAGCAGAUCAUAUUGAUAAAUUCACAUUCAAAUAUUACUGGGCGCCUCGCCUCUUUCAAUCUGGAAAGUCCGAGACUCCAUGUCCUGCCUCUGAUGUAUUUACUUUUUCCCUGUUCAUGUAGAUACUAGGUACCUACCUUUAGGACCAUCACAGUUAAUACGAUGCCUCUCCCGCUUCUGUUACUUACCUUCUUCUCUGGUCUUCUUCGUACCGUCUCGGCGCAAUGUCCCGACUACGAUGACUAUUCUAAGACGACACACGAACCUUUCUCGGCUGGGAAGUACCAGCUCUCAUACCAGAGACCGGUAGCAGCAUGUCGAAAAUUCAACUCGUCGGACGUCGAAGCAACUAUUACGGAUAUGCAAGGAAUAGUCAAAGAUCCAGAUCUGUUCCGGCUUUUUCAAAAUGCGUUUCCGAACACAUUGGACACUACAGUGACAUGGAAAGGAUAUGCGGCCAAUGAUUCGACAGAAGAGCUUACCUUUGUCACGACCGGAGACAUUGUUGCCAUGUGGCUCCGUGAUAGCGCGAACCAGAUGCGCAGCUAUAAGUCAUUACUAAAGGCCGAUGACAGUCCAGACUCAUUAGCAUCUUUGUUCCGUGGCGCGAUCAAUCUGCAAUCGCGAUAUAUUAUCCACAACCCAUACUGCAAUGCGUUCCAAGCACCCACAGAAUCUGGUCUUCCGCCGGUAGACAAUGGGUAUGCGGACACCGAUAAAGUGACACCCCCUUACAAUACAAGCUUCGUCUUCGAAUGCAAGUACGAGCUCGACUCAAUUUCGGCUUUCUUGCAAUUAUCUCACGAUUAUUACGAUCAAACCGAAGAUGCCGACUUUUUCGGGAAAUUCCAAUGGGUUACCGCAAUUCAAACGAUUCUCGACGUUGCCGAAGGUCUCCUCGUCGGGACGUACGCUGACGAUGGCACCGUCAACAAAUCGCCGUACACGUUCCAACGAACAGCCACCAGCGCAACAGAGACGCUUGCGAACACAGGAGCCGGCAACCCCGUUAAAAGCGGCACCGGAUUGGUUCGUAGCGCGUUCCGGCCAUCCGACGACUCGACCAUCUACCAAUUAUUCAUUCCGGCGAACAUGCAAUUCUCCAGCUAUCUCGGGAAAUGCGCCAAUAUAAUGAAGGCGCACGAUGCUGAGCUAGCACAGCGCAUGAGCGACUUCGCCUCCAACGUCCGGAAUGGGAUCGAGACAUAUGGUAAGGUGCAGCAUCCGGUGUUGGGCGAGAUAUAUGCGUACGAAAUCGACGGGUUUGGGUCGAGCAACUUUAUGGACGAUGCCAACGUUCCGAGUUUAUUGAGUGCGCCAAUUCUGGAUUAUCUGGACGCCUCGGACGAGACGUAUCAGAACACGCGCAAAUUCGUCCUCUCGACGUGGAACCCGUAUUACAUGCACGGGCCUGUGCUAAAUGGUACCGGCGGCCCACAUGUCGGACCCGGAAAGGCGUGGCCAAUGUCAAUCAUCACGUCACUCUUGACUUCGGACGACGAUAGCGAGAUCGUCGCGGGGUUGCAGAUGCUCGUUUCCUCAACCGACGGCUUGGGGUUGAUCCACGAAUCUAUAGAUACGUUCAACGCAGCGACUUGGACUCGAGAAUGGUUUUCCUGGGCCAAUGGCUUGUUUGGUGAGAUGCUGUUAGGGCUGAAGGAUAGGAAACCUCAUUUACUCGAGACGAGUUUCCAGUAAGGCCUAGAGCGAGCUCGAGUGUAUAUGCGAGUAGUUAUAGAUGUCAUGUAUACAUAAUCGACACGUCACCCCUGAAAAUUACCUGCUGAUAGCAACUCACGUAUUAUUCGGUGACAGGAACUAACAUCUUGGAGGUGGUCGUACUGACUAUAGUCACUGCAAUAUGCGACUUUUAUACAUAGCAAGUGAAGUGGUCCAAUUGCAUUUAAUCCGAGUUUGCCGUCAGAAUUGCAACAUGAGUCGAGUCGCACGCAACCAGAGUUUCCUAACGCAGGAACAAUCUACG